AUGCAAUACGUACGAGCCGUCUCCGGAGCCGUAUCUUCGACCUGGAAUAGCAUCAACCCAGCGACCCUCUCCGGCGCCAUCGAUGUCGUUGUCGUUGAACAAGCGGAUGGCUCCCUCGCCUGCUCACCUUUUCACAUCCGCUUUGGCAAGUUCAGCUUACUACGACCACACGAGAAAAAGGUCGAGUUCCGCGUCAAUGGAGAAAAGAAGGACUUUCCGAUGAAGCUGGGAGAAGGAGGAGAGGCAUUCUUCGUCUUUGAGACACAAGAUAGCGUGCCGGAAGCAUUACAAACGAGUCCGCCCGUGUCGCCCGUAUCGAGCCCGGAGAUGAAAGCGAGUCCACCGCAAACGCCAGCAUUGCAAGAACCGGAUCCAUUCGAUCUGGAGUCUUCGAAACGGAGUACUACCGAUGCGAGGUCACAGCGCGCACCAAGCCUUGCUCGGAGAGCGCAGAGUGAUCUAGGCGAAGAGUUGACACCCAUUUCGAGCUCUCCUCCUGGAACCUCUCAACGGCGUCUCUCUGGAGACUUUACACGGUUCGAAGGUCUACAGGCUCCUCCACUGGAUCGACAGAUUUCCGACUCGGCGAUACCUGCAGCGAGAGCAGCGAUCGAGAAUUCUCUCGAAACCAGCGAGCUCAUAUUUUCCGCGAAUUCGGAACGAGCUCCUUCACCUCUGCCAAUUGAGACGGAUCGGCCAAGUAGUGCAGUAUCAGCAGAACAAGAAGAGGCAAGAGCACGAGCAAUGGCGUUAUCAAAAAAGCUGUGGACAUCCAACAUCAGCAAUCAAGUCACAGAAGCUGGCGAUCUCAUGCUGGACAUGACGAGCUACAAGAGUGGAAAUAUGGAGGCUCUGCAGGCAGAGGGUAUUGCGAGACAGUUACUAUCACAAGAGUUGGAUGGGCCGUAUGAUAUCGGUGCUCUGAUCGGUGCGGACGAGAAGGGCAACAUCUGGAUCUACAGCAGUGAGGAAGCAAAGGAGGCAGCGAAUAAACGAGCUGCAGCAGCAGCAGGACUGGGCUCGUUCAACCCAGCCGCCUACGCAUCCGCCGACGCCCUCUCCGACCCAGGCUACCACAGCGAUGAUGCCCGCAGUAACGAUUCCAAGCCCGACUACAUCAACAACCACAACCAUACUCACGCGCGACGCGACUCCGAUAGUGCCGUAGGAAUGGGCUCACAACCCUCAUCUCCAGGAGGCGCUGGCGAUCCAAACAAAAACUACGCCAAAACUCUCCGCCUCACCUCUGACCAGCUCAAGACCAUGAACCUUCAACCCGGCGGCAACAGCAUGUCCUUCACCGUCAACCGCGCGACCUGCACCGCCAAUCUAUGGUACUGGCACCACGACGUCCCCAUCGUCAUUUCCGACAUUGAUGGCACCAUCACCAAAUCUGACGUUCUAGGCCACGUCCUCAACACACUCGGCCGCGACUGGACGCACUCCGGUGUGGCGAAGCUCUACACCGAAAUCGCCUCCAAUGGCUACAACUUCCUCUACCUCACCUCCCGCUCCGUCGGUCAAGCGGACACCACCCGCGCGUACCUCAACGGCGUCGUACAGGAAGGCUUCCGCCUCCCUAAAGGCCCCGUCAUCCUCUCUCCAGACCGCACCAUCGCCGCCCUCCGCCGAGAAGUCUACCUUCGCAAACCCGAAAUCUUCAAAAUGGCCUGUCUGCGUGACAUCAUGGCGCUCUUCUCCGGCCACGGCGGCGCACAAAACGUGACUGACACAGCCGUCGAAGCAGGCUUGAAAUCCCUCCAAUCGAAAGGCGGAGGUGGUGGAGGAAAAGCCCACUCCUCCUCUCCUUUCUACGCCGGCUUCGGCAACCGCCUGACUGACGCCUUGAGCUAUCGAUCCGUCAACAUCCCGAGCAUCCGCAUCUUCACCAUUAACUCCAACUCGGAAAUCUCACUCGACUUGCUAAGCUUGAAUAAUUACAAAACCGCCUACUCCACCAUGCGCGAAAUCGUCGACCACUACUUUCCUCCCGUCGGACUUCUCGUCAAAGGUGGAGGGGAAGAAUAUACUGACUUCAAUUACUGGCGCGAACGACCGCUGGAUGUUUGGGACUUCACCGACUCGGAAUCAGAAGACGAGGACCCCUUGGUGGAGAGCGAAUACGGAUAUGAUGAGGAGGGGCAGAGUCAGUACGAAGAGGAGGAUGUGUAUGCGGCGGGGGAUGAGGAGGAAGGGUAUGAAGUCGGCGAAGAGGGAAGGGAGGAGACGAGUGUUGGUGGGGUGGACGGUGCGGGGGAGGUAGUGCCCCCGCCGAGACCGCAGACGCCGGAUAUGAAUCUCAGUCCGCACGCGAGUGCGAGGAGGUUGUUGGCUGAGGCGGAGAGGACGCCGCGGAUGGGAGAUGAGAGGAGGAGGAGGAGGGAUAGUAGUGAUGACGGGGUGGAAGGGGGUGUGAGUUCACGAAGGACGGAGGAUAGUGCGAGUGGACUUGAACUUACGAGUCUGAAGGAGGGUGCUGGAGGAAGAAAGACGGGGUGGAAGAAAUAG